AGGGGGCAGGACUUGAGGGGGCCGGACUUUUUUUCUUUUUCUGCAACUUGCCUCCGCGUAGUGUCUUUUCUCCCCCCCCCCCCCUCCGCUGUGGCACCGUCUGCUGACAACACCAGCGGACUCCUCCAUCACCUCCCCGUCGGCAGAGGCUGUCCUACCCCACCACCGCCCUCCGAUCUCUCUCUUCGGGGGGUUGGCGCACACGGAACUGGGGCACCCGGCAUCCGCUCGACGUUCGCUGGAUUUUAAUCCCCCAAAGUGUUCGGCGUGCGGAGGCUGCGUCAAGAGGCUGUUUCGUCGCGGUCGUACACAAAGAUGGAAUCGACACCUCUCGGAACAUCAUAAAGGCGGACAGACAGGACAUCAUAUUUCGCAUAGUGGCAGAUCCUUCGGUGGCAGUGCCCGUGUUGUGUGCGGCCUUAUUUCCCAUGGACCUCAGGGUGGGAGAGCGGGGGAUGCGCCCUGGAUCGGACACGGCGCUCUUCACCCCACUGCACCCGCCUUUACUCCUCACCCAAUUCUCCUCUCCGCCCUGCGCCUCCUUCUCUCAACAGCAUCUGCACCAACAAAUCAGGUUUAAUGUGGAGCAGAGGAGGCGGGAGCAGGACCACCAUGAGAAGCAGCAGGAGCUGCAGCAGCUAAAACACAAAGACAAGAGUCAACAAAGUGCAGUGGCCAGUUCUGUGGUGAAACAGAAACUGCAGGAGGUGAUUCUUAAGAAGCGGAAACAGGCAGCGCAGGAAAGAACAAACUCCAACACUCCUGUAGCGUACAGAAAUUUGGGCCCAGACCCAAGUGCGUCCUCCCAACCUCUGGUCCCAUCUCCGUCACAGCUUUCCCCUGAGGGUUCAGAAGGGACGCCACUACGCAGAGCCGCAUCUGAGCCCAAUCUGAAGGUGAAACACAAGCUGAAGAAACACCUCAACACCCGCAAGAGCCCUCUCACCCGCAAAGAGAGUGCCCCACCCACUGUCAAACACAGAGUACCUGACACACUGGACUCGUCCCCCAGCAGCAGUAGCACUCCAGUCUCUGGCUGUAGUUCACCUAACGACAGUCUGCCCAACGAAAAUGGGCUACUGCCAUCUGCAGGGGGCCUCUCACAUGAGGCCCAGAAGCUGCUGCUCAGAGAUGGCACCUUGGCUAACUUCACCAUCCAGAGCCCGUCCACUCUGCCCACCAUCACACUGGGACUACCGGCCAACGCCAGGUCAUCAAGGCGUGUAACCGUCUGUGUGCAGACUGAGGGAGAGCUGUCCUCUCUGAAGGUCGGCCGGGUGCCAGUGGUCACAGCCGGGGGCUCGCACGUCUAUCUCCCCCUGAGCAGAGAGGAUCAGGCCGGGCACCCGCACCUGCCCGUCAUCAUCCUGGAGCCCUCUGGACUGGUGCACACUCCGAUGCUCACUGUUCCGGGCUUAGAGUCAGUCCCGCUGCAGUUUGCCUCCCAGUUAGACCACCUGUCUCCUGGAGGCUCUCAGCCCCACAAGCCCCUGAGCAGGACACGCUCCGAACCCCUUCCCCAGAGCUCAAGGACCCUUCACGCACACCUCCUUCAACAGCAGCACAACACACAACUACUGGAGAGGCUCAAACAGCAGACCCACCUAGGCAAGCUGAUGUCCAAGUCCAGCGAGAAGCCAAGACUGCAUCAGAUCCCUUCUGAGGACAUGGACUCAGAGGAUGGUGGUGGGAUGUCGCCAACGGAGCCAACAUAUCAGAGCAGAGUGAGGGCAGAGUCACUGAGGGAGGCGGAGCCAACGGCAUCAAAUGGCCACGAGGAGCAGAUGAACCUGCAACAUGCACUCAUACUCAACCAGUCAUUGCUAUGGGAACAGCAGAAGCAGCUGCAGCAGCUGCACCGACAGAUGGAGACCCUAGCAGUACCCAUGCUACGGGGCAGCAGCGGAGUUGGGAGCGGGCUGGGCGUCCAUCGGCCCCUGUCACGUACACAAUCAUCCCCAGCCUCCACCUCUCUCACUCUGCCUGAGAAAACCCUGAGCUUGGCCCCGCAGGACGCCAGCAGCAAACCACGCUUCACCACUGGUCUGGUGUAUGACUCUCAAAUGCUGAAGCACCAGUGUACAUGUGGAGACAACAGCAGUCACCCAGAGCAUGCUGGGAGGAUACAGAGCAUCUGGUCUCGACUACAGGAGAGAGGCCUCAGGGGACAGUGUGAGAGUAUUCGUGGUCGUAAAGCCACUCUGGAGGAGCUGCAGUCCGUCCACACAGAGCGCCAUGUGUUGCUCUAUGGCACCAACCCACUCAACAGACUCAAGCUGGAUAACCGCAAACUGGCCGGAAUCCUCUCUCAGAGAAUGUUUGUAAUGUUGCCAUGUGGGGGAGUAGGGGUUGAUAACGACACGACCUGGAAUGAGUCACACACCUCCACAGCGUCACGCAUGGCGGCAGGCAGCGUCGUUGAGCUGUCCUUCAGAGUGGCCAAAGGAGAACUAAAGAACGGCUUUGCUGUGGUCAGACCACCAGGGCAUCAUGCAGACCCCUCCAAUCCAAUGGGCUUUUGUUACUUCAAUUCAGUGGCAAUAGCCGCCAAGCAGCUGCAGCACAAGCUCAGCGUCAGCAAGAUCCUCAUUGUUGACUGGGAUGUUCACCAUGGUAACGGCACCCAGGAAGUGUUCUAUGGCGACUCCAGCGUUCUCUACAUCUCGCUUCAUCGCUACGACGAUGGGAACUUCUUCCCCGGCAGUGGGUCUCCGGUUGAGGUUGGUUCAGGAGCAGGCGAGGGCUUCAACGUCAACAUGGCGUGGACGGGAGGACUGGACCCGCCAAUGGGAGAUGCUGAGUACCUCGCCGCAUUCAGGUCUGUGGUGAUGCCCAUCGCCCAGGAGUUCUCCCCGGACUUUGUGCUGGUGUCGGCUGGAUUUGAUGCUGCUGAGGGAAACCCUGCUCCUCUGGGCGGGUACAAGGUCUCCGCCAAAUGUUUUGGCUUCCUGACCCGCCAGCUGAUGUCUCUAGCUGGUGGCCAUGUGGUUUUGGCCCUCGAGGGAGGUCACGACCUUACAGCUAUCUGCGACGCAUCUGAGGCCUGUGUCAGUGCACUCCUGGGCAUACAGGAACCCCUGUCAGAAGAAGUUCUUCUUCAGAAGCCCAACGCUAACGCAGUCCGCUCGCUGCAGACUGUCAUACAGAUACAAAGUCAGUACUGGCAGAGUGUUAAGGCUCACAGUGGAUCAGUGUCACUGUCCCACCUGGCUGCCCAAACAAGAGACUGUGAGGAAACAGAUGCUGUCAAUGCUUUGGCCUCGCUCUCUGUGGGAGUCAUCUCCAGCAAGAGCCUCCCUGAUGAGCCAAUGGAGCACGACAGCGACUCCAUGUAGUCGAAUCCGACCAAUCACCUCAGAGAACUCGCUUUCAGGAAGUGGGUCCAAACUGUAGCCUCGGCUCUCUUUGCGCUGUCACAUUACCAUGAAGGGGGAUGAGUCUGUAAUGCCACUGAGCCCCACCCGUCCGCCUUAUUAACACAUGCACAUCCACCAAGCCACAGUGCUGAACGUCUACAGCCCUGCCAUGUGAGCACCUCAAUGCUGGGAACCACUCAGACGACGCCAGCAGCACUACCUGCAGCUGGGAAACCUUCUGAAACCUCACCAAAGAGCAAUACAAAACGAUUUUUAAUAGACUUUCCGUGUCUCCUGACUGACAUUUGGAUUGUGCCUAUGUUCAGAGGUCCAGAAAACUUAGCUCUGUGACCACAAACCGUAUAGGAAGAGACCGAAGUCAGAGUGCAGCUCUGAUUAUUCUUGAAGCACUAUGUACCAGCAGCUGUUUUGUCGCCUUAAUUCUGCCUUAACGAAAGGACCAACGACUGCGGAUUAUAAAUGCUUUUCUCUCGUGCCACAUUGCCUCCCUAACAUAGGUGAAGUAGCUGGCAACCAAAUGGCUGAUGCAGAACGAACCUAAAGUACAGAAUGACAUCAGAACACAUCGUGUGCACAAAAAACCCUAAUGGAUAAGAUGCAAAAAAAAAUUAUCAACAAAGAAGAAGUGGCCACAUGAAAAAGAGAGCAUGGAAAAGAAGAGGAUGGGGAUGGUCUGUUUUAAUGAUGUCAUAACCACUAAAAGACGACAACAAAGAACUCAAGGGAAAGAGAGAACAUGAAGACACAAAGUGGACAACUUCGGUUUAGUAGAAACAAAGAAAGGGCAAACGUCCUUGUUGUUUAAUUGCACUGUUCAUUCCAUAAUGUGAACCAGAAGAAAUUCCAAAGCUCUGGGAAAAAAGACGAAACACAACAACUCCUCUCUCUAGGUUAUUUAAUAGUUUUUGGAAGAUCUGGAUGACGUGGUGUUUGCUACAUUUUUCUCCCACUCUUCAUGAGAUGUCUUAUUAAGCCUGCAAAGGACACGCAUUGCCCGAAAUACUGUACAGUUGUAUUUCCUUUGAAGUAAAUCUGAAAAGUAGGCAUGAUUUUGAAAGCAGGACUAAUUUUCUUCUCUUUGUCAGUGUCUUAAAUGCACGCGCACACACACACACACACACACACACACACACACACACACACGCACACACUUUAUACAUACCUACACACACAUGUACAAAGAUGAACUAUUGAUGUACCACUAGUAUUGAAUACUGUAUGUUAUUGCUUAUAUAUUUGAGACUAAAGGUGCAUUCAUUCCACCGCGGCACCACUGAGGACCAUUGUAUUGUUCUAUAGUGGCAAUGAGGUUAAUGCACUUAAUGGACAUCACCCAAAGAAAACUGCCUUAAAUCUGCCUGUACUUGGCAACAGGACUGUGUAUGCAAGCAACACAAGGGACCAGUACGGAAAGUGCUCGUACAGAGACUCCACUUUUAAAAAAAGACAAUAUUUGAACCUGUGGAUUUAGUUGAGCAUCAUAUAUAUGCAGUCUUUUCAUUAUGAGUACAGUGACCUGGUCCGAUUUUGAAUGGGUUGUGUUUUUUCAUUAUCAGAAGAAAAAAGAAAUCGCUUCAGAGCUCCGAGCUUCAUCACAGUCUAGUUAAGGAAACUAAUACGUUGUGUUUUGUUUGUAAGUGAACUUCAGUGUUAUUCCAUGUGCAACUCUUCUCUGCAGCUGUGUUCAGUAUCUGCACUUCUUGUCAUGCCACAAUCAAGCUAGACGACGCUAAACAUGUCAGUCCGUCGUCUUUGCAGGAGCAGCCGUGUUGAUCACUCAUACGAAGAAUUGUCUUGACUACCCUGCUACGAGAUCAUUUGACUAUGAUUAUUGUCUCUUAGGUUAUUUAGUAGCAAAAUGAAAGUUUGUAAAAGUCCGUCCGGUUCUUAGAUCAGAACUGCAGAUAAUUGAUCAUCGAUCAUAUAAUAAGAUGGCAUUAAACCUUAAACCCUAAAGCAGCAUUUAGAGAAGUAGUGCUCCUUUUCUUUUUUUAACGAUCUCUCUAAUGAAACUGAGACUAAUGAAAUUCAUAUUUGACUCGUACUCCUCACAUGGCUCGUCUGAAGGCUGUUGCUUCAGAGCAAGCAGCACAAUUUCCAAUUCGUGUUGGCAGAGAUUUGAUUUUCUUUUCUUUAAAUAAAAGAACGAUUUAGUGUUUGAGUAAAUGUGGCUUUUGUAAAAUGUAGACCGAAGUCAGCACAUUCUGCACAGCAAGUUCACUUGACUGGCUGAAGGAACUGAUAUCAGUUCGGCGUCCAGGUAGAGAGCUGCGUGAGUAGUCAGUUUGCUUUAGUCGGACCCUGGGCAGCGUCUGCCCAGCAGAGAAGCCUCAGAGCUUUUAUAUUAGACGAAAGGACGGCAGGGGCCUUCUGGGGUACCUCUGCUCUGUCACUACUGCUCCGUGGCCUGUACCAGUUAUCACGGAGGAUUGGAAGUCUUUAAUCUAGUGCAACUGAAAUGUGGGUCGCCCUUUUCGUUUUUGUUCAUAGUGCCUCUUAACAAGUGACGGCUUCUUAACAAAAUGUGGUCUUAACACAGCGUGCCCAGCAGGCGCGCGUGGUGUCCAUGAAGUAAAUGGUGUGCGUGUGCGUGCGUGCGUGCGUGUGUGUGUGUAAAAAGGAAGCGUCAAGUGUCAGUAUGCGUGUCUUCACAUUGGUGUCCCUGUCUUAUACUGUAAGUGACCUCUCCUGUAUUAUAUUUCCAGUCACUUUUUUAUUUUUUUUUGUCUUAUGUAGAGGCCAGUAUUGCCUCAACUCUUAAUUCCCUUUAUUAAUGAUGUCAUGUGUACCUUCUUCUUAAAGAAAGACACUGUAAAUAGAAAAACUUCAAGACCAAAAUACACUUGUCACGCACGUGCCUCGACGCAUUCGGUAAUAUGUGUAUUGGUAACUCUUAACUAACUGGACUUACAGUAACUCUGUAUCUAAAAACAUGACAUUGAAAUCUUUUGUUUCAUGCUACUCUUUAUUAAGAACCUGUACGUGUUUUUUCCCUUUACAUUUCCUACCAUGUGUAUGUAUAGAAAGAUUCUCUAUUUUGUACUGUUAUUUUUGUCUUUUCCUCUUGAUUAAAAAAAAAAUUACUUCCA